UGCUGUGGACUAUUAAAAUCACAAUCUUCCUGCGCUUGUUGUGAAGGAAGUAAACCGUCAUCAUGAGUACGGACGCAGAGAUGGAGAUAUACGGGGAGGCGGCCAUCUACCUCCGGAAACCCGAGAGGGAAAGAAUUGAGGCGCAAAGCAAACCCUUUGAUGCAAAAACUGCCUGCUACGUAGCAGAUGCCAAAGAGAUGUACUUAAAAGGUGUUAUCCAGAGUAAAGAAGGUGGCAAAGUCACUGUAAAAACUCUGGAAGGACAAACCGUCACUGUUAAGGAUGAUCAAGUCUUCCCUAUGAACCCUCCCAAGUAUGAUAAAAUUGAGGACAUGGCCAUGAUGACCCACCUCAGUGAACCAACUGUGCUGUAUAACCUCAAAGAGCGUUAUGCCGCAUGGAUGAUCUACACUUACUCAGGGCUGUUUUGUGCUACUGUGAAUCCAUACAAGUGGCUUCCAGUGUACGACCAGUCUUGUGUUAAUGCAUACAGAGGCAAGAAGCGUAUGGAGGCUCCACCACACAUCUUCUCUGUCUCUGACAAUGCCUAUCAGUUCAUGCUUACUGAUCGUGAAAACCAGUCAGUCCUGAUCACUGGAGAAUCUGGUGCAGGAAAGACUGUGAACACCAAACGUGUCAUCCAGUACUUUGCGACAAUCGCAGUGGCUGGUGGUGAGAAGAAGAAAGAGCCGGCUCCUGGAAAAAUCCAGGGAACCCUGGAGGAUCAGAUCAUUUCAGCUAACCCUCUGCUGGAAGCUUUUGGUAAUGCCAAAACUGUGAGAAAUGACAACUCGUCUCGCUUUGGUAAAUUUAUCAGAAUUCACUUCGGAGCAACAGGAAAACUGGCUUCCGCUGAUAUUGAGACAUACUUGCUGGAAAAAUCCAGAGUAACAUUUCAGUUGUCAGCUGAAAGGAGCUACCAUAUCUUCUAUCAGAUCAUGACCAACCACAAGCCAGAGCUUAUUGACAUGCUUCUCAUUACCACCAACCCCUAUGAUUUCCCUAUGAUCAGUCAAGGGCAGAUCACCGUCGCCAGCAUUGACGACAAAGAGGAGUUGGAUGCCACAGAUUCUGCCAUUGACAUUCUUGGGUUCACCAAUGAAGAGAAAAUGGGCAUCUACAAACUAACUGGUGCGGUGAUGCACUACGGUAACAUGAAGUUCAAGCAGAAGCAGCGUGAGGAGCAGGCUGAACCAGAUGGCACUGAAGUGGCUGAUAAAGUCAGUUAUCUGUUGGGACUGAACUCAGCAGACUUGCUGAAAGCCUUGUGCUUCCCGAGAGUGAAAGUGGGGAAUGAGUAUGUGACCAAGGGGCAGACUGUCCCCCAGGUCAAUAAUGCUGUUGGCGCUCUGUCUAAAUCUGUCUAUGAGAAAUUGUUCUUGUGGAUGGUUAUCCGUAUCAACGAGAUGCUGGCUACAAAGCAGACAAGACAAUUCUACAUUGGAGUCCUAGAUAUUGCAGGGUUUGAGAUCUUUGAUUUCAAUAGCUUGGAGCAGCUGUGCAUCAACUUCACCAAUGAAAAACUGCAACAGUUUUUCAAUCAUACCAUGUUUGUACUGGAACAAGAAGAGUACAAGAAAGAAGGAAUUAUUUGGGAGUUCAUUGACUUUGGUAUGGACUUGGCUGCUUGCAUUGAGCUUAUUGAAAAGCCUAUGGGAAUAUUCUCCAUCCUUGAAGAGGAGUGCAUGUUCCCCAAGGCCUCAGACACUUCUUUCAAGAACAAGCUGUAUGACCAGCACCUUGGCAAGAGCAACGCCUUCCAGAAACCUAAACCAGUCAAAGGCAAACCUGAGGCCCACUUCUCCCUGGUGCACUAUGCUGGAAUUGUAGACUACAACAUCAACGGCUGGCUGGAGAAGAACAAGGACCCACUGAACGACACUGUAGUGGGGCUGUACCAGAAAUCAUCCGUGAAACUCCUGGCCCACCUUUAUGCCACUUUUGCAGCUGCAGAUGAGGCUGCUGCAAAGGGGGGUGGAAAGAAGAAGAAGGGAGGCUCCUUUCAAACAGUGUCAGCUCUUUUCAGGGAGAACUUGAACAAACUGAUGUCCAACUUAAGAAGUACCCAUCCACACUUUGUGCGUUGCCUAAUUCCCAAUGAGUCAAAGACUCCAGGUUUAAUGGAAAACUUCUUGGUCAUCCACCAGCUGAGAUGCAAUGGUGUGCUAGAAGGUAUCAGAAUUUGCAGAAAGGGAUUCCCAAGCAGAAUCUUGUAUGGUGACUUCAAGCAAAGAUACAAAGUGUUAAAUGCAAGUGUUAUACCUGAGGGUCAGUUCAUGGACAACAAGAAAGCAUCAGAGAAGCUUUUGGGAUCAAUUGAUGUAAAUCACGAGGAGUAUAAAUUUGGGCACACUAAGGUGUUCUUUAAAGCUGGUCUGCUGGGUGUACUUGAGGAGAUGCGAGAUGAAAAAUUGGCCAAACUCAUCACUAGUACUCAGGCUCUCUGUCGUGGGUUUCUAAUGAGAACGGAAUUCCAAAAGAUGAUGGAAAGGAGGGAGUCCAUUUUCACCAUCCAGUACAACAUUCGUUCAUUCAUGAAUGUGAAACACUGGCCGUGGAUGAAGCUCUACUUCAAGAUCAAGCCACUCCUGAAGAGUGCCGAAUCUGAAAAGGAAAUGGCCAACAUGAAGCAAGAAUUUGAAAAGUGCAAAGAAAAUCUGACCAAAGCAGAAGCAAAGCGAAAGGAGCUUGAGGAGAAAAUGAAUUCUGUGAUGCAGGAAAAGAAUGACCUGCUGCUUCAAGUCCAGUCGGAAAGUGACAGUCGCUCUGAUGCUGAAGAAAGAUGUGAAGGGCUUAUCAAAAGCAAAAUCCAGCUUGAGGCUAAAGUUAAAGAGAUUACUGAGAGAUUGGAAGAUGAGGAGGAAAUGAAUUCUGAGCUGACUGCCAAGAAAAGAAAACUGGAAGAUGAGUGCAGUGAGCUCAAGAAAGACAUUGAUGACCUAGAGCUUACAUUGGCCAAAGUUGAGAAGGAGAAGCAUGCCACGGAAAAUAAGGUUAAAAACCUUACUGAAGAAAUGGCUGCUCAGGAUGAAAGCAUUGCAAAAUUAACCAAGGAGAAAAAAGCCCUCCAAGAGGCACACCAACAGACCCUUGAUGACCUGCAAGCAGAGGAGGACAAAGUCAACACUCUGACCAAAGCAAAGUCUAAGCUGGAACAACAAGUGGAUGAUCUUGAAGGUUCAUUGGAGCAAGAAAAGAAACUCCGUAUGGACCUUGAGAGAGCCAAGAGAAAGCUUGAGGGUGAUCUGAAACUAGCCCAGGAAUCCAUAAUGGAUCUGGAAAACGACAAGCAACAAUCAGAUGAGAAGAUAAAAAAGAAGGACUUUGAAACAAGUCAACUGCUGAGCAAAAUUGAAGAUGAACAAGCUUUGGGUGCUCAACUUCAAAAGAAGAUUAAGGAGCUUCAGGCACGCAUUGAAGAACUUGAAGAAGAAAUCGAGGCCGAACGAGCGUCUCGGGCAAAGAUUGAAAAGCAGAGAGCUGAUCUUUCCAGGGAACUUGAAGAGAUCAGUGAAAGGCUUGAGGAAGCUGGUGGUGCAACUGCAGCUCAGAUUGAAAUGAACAAGAAACGUGAAGCUGAGUUUCAGAAGCUCAGACGAGACCUAGAGGAGUCCACUCUGCAGCAUGAAGCUACUGCCGCUGCUCUUCGCAAAAAGCAAGCCGACAGCGUGGCGGAACUGGGAGAACAGAUUGACAACCUCCAGCGUGUGAAACAGAAGCUUGAGAAAGAAAAAAGUGAAUAUAAAAUGGAACUUGAUGACCUCUCCAGCAACAUGGAAUCUGUAGCCAAAUCCAAGGCAAACCUGGAAAAGAUGUGUCGUUCUCUGGAGGACCAAUAUAGUGAAAUUAAGACGAAGAAUGAUGAGAAUAUCCGUCAGAUCAAUGACAUCAGUGCUCAAAGAGCCCGUCUCCUGACAGAGAAUGGUGAAUUCUCUCGCCAACUGGAUGAGAAAGAAUCUUUAAUUUCUCAGCUCACAAGAGGAAAACAGGCUUUCACUCAGCAAAUUGAGGAGCUCAAGAGGCACAUGGAGGAAGAAACAAAAGCCAAGACUGCCCUGGCUCAUGGUGUGCAAUCUGCCCGCCAUGACUGUGACCUGCUUCGUGAGCAAUAUGAGGAGGAGCAGGAAGCCAAGGCUGAGCUGCAGCGUGCAAUGUCAAAGGCUAACAGUGAGGUGGCUCAGUGGAGAUCAAAAUACGAAACUGAUGCUAUCCAGCGCACAGAGGAGCUUGAAGAAGCAAAGAAAAAGCUAGCACAACGUCUUCAAGAUGCUGAGGAACACAUUGAGGCUGUGAACUCAAAGUGUGCCUCUCUGGAAAAAACAAAACUGAGACUCCAGGGUGAAGUUGAAGAUCUCAUGGUUGAUGUAGAAAGAGCAAAUGCACAAGCCUCUGCUCUCGACAAGAAGCAGAGAAACUUCGACAAGGUUCUAGCGGACUGGAAGCAGAAAUUUGAAGAAGGCCAGACAGAGCUGGAGGCUGCACAGAAAGAGGCUCGCUCUCUCAGCACUGAGCUUUUCAAGAUGAAGAACUCCUAUGAAGAAGCUUUGGACCAACUUGAAACCCUUAAACGGGAGAACAAGAAUUUACAGCAGGAGAUCUCUGAUCUGACUGAACAGAUUGGUGAGGGUGGGAAGGUUAUUCAUGAGCUGGAGAAGUCAAAGAAGCAGAUUGAAACUGAAAAGUCAGAAAUCCAAACUGCCUUGGAGGAAGCAGAGGCCUCGUUGGAGCAUGAGGAGUCAAAGAUUCUUCGCGUCCAGCUUGAGCUGAACCAGGUGAAGUCUGAGGUUGACAGAAAGAUCGCUGAGAAAGACGAGGAGCUUGAACAGCUGAAGAGAAACAGUCAGAGAGUGAUCGACUCUAUGCAGAGCACUCUUGACUCUGAAGUCAGGAGCCGCAAUGAAGCUCUAAGAGUGAAAAAGAAGAUGGAGGGAGACCUGAAUGAAAUGGAAAUUCAGCUGAGUCACGCCAACCGCCAAGCAGCUGAAGCUCAGAAACAACUGAGGAACGUCCAAGGUCAACUCAAGGAUGCCCAACUGCACCUUGACGAUGCUCUCCGAGGACAGGAAGACAUGAAGGAACAGCUCGCCAUGGUGGAACGCAGGAACACCCUGAUGCAGGCUGAAAUUGAAGAGAUGAGGGCUGUCCUGGAACAGACAGAGAGAGGCCGCAAAGUGGCUGAACAGGAGCUCCUUGAUGCCAGUGAGCGUGUGCAGCUGCUGCACUCCCAGAAUACCAGUCUCAUCAACACCAAGAAGAAGCUUGAGAAUGACAUUUCCCAGCUGCAAGGUGAGGUAGAGGAUGCCAUCCAAGAAGCAAGAAAUGCAGAAGAAAAAGCCAAGAAAUCUAUUACUGAUGCUGCCAUGAUGGCAGAGGAGCUCAAGAAGGAACAGGACACCAGCUCUCACCUGGAGAGAAUGAAGAAGAACAUGGAGCAGACAGUGAAGGACCUGACCCACCGUCUGGAUGAGGCUGAGCAGCUGGCCAUGAAGGGUGGAAAGAAACAGCUCCAGAAACUGGAGACCAGGGUGCGCGAGCUGGAAAAUGAGCUUGAAGCUGAGCAAAGACGUAGUGCUGAGUCAGUUAAAGGAGUCCGGAAAUAUGAAAGAAGGGCCAAGGAGCUCUCCUACCAGGCUGAAGAAGACAAGAAGAAUGUGGCCAGACUCCAGGAUCUGGUUGAUAAGCUGCAACUGAAAGUGAAGGCUUACAAGAGGCAGGCUGAGGAAGCUGAGGAACAAGCCAACACCCACCUGUCUAGGUUCAGGAAGGUGCAGCACGAGCUUGAGGAGACCGAGGAGCGCGCUGAUAUCGCUGAAUCCCAGGUCAACAAGCUGAGGACUAAAAGCCGUGAUAUGGGAAAGGUUAAAGAAGCAGCAGAGUAGAAGAGCAGCAGAAGACUCAAGCUGAAAUGUAGAGAGAUUCAUAAAAUAUGAAUUUCACAGUGAACUAGUUCCUGUAAUAGCGCUGGUAGUUUAUAGUGUUGAAACAGUAAUUGAUUAUUGUGAUGUUAUCGAUCAUGUUUUUGCAUUGAUUAUUUUAUUGCGUUGAGACAUUAUUAUCGAUAAUCAUAUUAUCAUCCGUUACCCAAUAGGAUACAGUUGUGGGUAAAAGCAGCUCUGCAUUGAAGCAGUAAGCAUCACUGAACUGUCUGUGUGAGGCGUAAAUGUCCUUUCACAGCAAGUUUCAGGAAACGGUACAUCUUGUGGAGGAGGCUUUCACACCAGCCUAUUUCUCUGUGGGUGUCCAGUGUAAAUGUAUUAUUUAACCAAUAUAUUAUGAUGUAUAUAAAUAUACAUCAAUAUGGCAAAUAACUGUUUUUAUUACUGUGUUCAAAAUGAACCCGUGUAUGUAUAUUUUCCUCAGUAAUAAUAAUGAGACAUUCAGAUUGUAUGCUACAGGACUGCCCCUCACAGGCACCUCUGCAAUGUCCAAGAAACAGGUUUCAGAAAGACAGAUAGAAAAAAGACAAGAAAACAGAGGAAGAUUGAUCUACAGUGCUGCUAAGAUAACACCCCUCGAACGACUGAGGAAAUCUAUCCUUUUUUAUAAUAUGUUAUUUAUAACAUAUCCCCAUUUUUAUUUAUUUUUUUUCUGCUGAAACUGUUCAACAGCUGAUAUUUUUAACCACAAUUUAGAACUUGUAUGAACUGGAAAGCAUUUUUUCAAACACUGUUUUCUGUUUUAUUGUGUAUCCUAUAUUUUGACGUUUGAAAAGCAACCAGACAAACAUAAAUUUGGAUGUGAUAUUUUAGCUUUUUUGUAAACAAGUUAGCAAUAAUAAGACUUGUUACAUGAAAUUGUAUAUAUUUCAUUUAUUAUACCGAUGGUCAUGAUUAUCGUGAUAAUUUACAGCUGAUAAUUGAUAACAGAGUGUAAUUAUUGUCCAACACUAGUAGUUUUGUGAAUAAAAUGGCAUGUGAGCAUCUA